UGCUUUUUUCGCACAUUAAUUGAUAAAUGUGUCUUUUAUCAAUUUGUGAUCAAAAGUAAUUAAAUGAGUGGAACCUGAACACAAACAAAAAACCAACACAUCAAAGAAAACACACAGACAAAAUGUGAAAAGUGCGUGAGGAAGAUAAUUGUCAAAUAGUGGAAUUAACAAUUACAAUUACAAAACAGAGCAAACAAUUUGCCAAGUGGCUGGGCAAAUAAUAGAAUACAAAAAAGAAAAAACACGAGAAAUUGAAACAGAACUCCACACAAAAGACAACAGACCACAGACACCAAGCAGACACCAACCAGAAGAAUCCAAAACAUAAAUAAUAACAACAAAGAUAAGGAACAAACAAAGAAGUUCUUCGUAUUUUUGCAGCGCUGCUCGAAGCAGACGCGUAAAAAAAGAUGGCGUUCAACAGCGGUACCGUUAUUCUGUCCGUCAUUGUUCUGCUGAAGCUGCACAGCUGUUUGGCUCUGGAUGUUUAUUUUCCCACCACUUCCGUGAAAUUCAAGCUGCCCAUCAAUGAGGAGUCGGAGAGCAUAUUCUCCAAGAUACCCCUGGCCCAGUUUCAAGUGUUGCGCCUCGACAACAAUCAACUGGCCCACGAUUAUAUCUACAAUCUGGAGCAGAACACUCUGCUUCGUAUCAAUGCCAGCUCUGGUGAGGUUUAUAUGCGCACGGAUUAUAAACCCUUGAAUGGCAGUGUGAAAUAUGUGCUGACCGCAUUUCCGCGCAACCAGGAUGACUCGGAGUCCGAUUCGAAGUCAGAGGAGCUGCUGCAACAGGUGGCUCAUCUAACGCUGGAAGUAGUUCCCCAAAAUCUUACUGAUUACUGUGCAGAGUUGGAGCACAUUUGCUUUUGGUCUGGGGCACAUUAUACGAUUGCCGAAACAACGAGUCACAGCAGGAGCAGCUCCACUUUUCAGCCCGUGCUAAUUGGAGCACUCAAUUCACGUGCUGCCAAAUAUCUGUGUCCACUGGUAUCCGUGGAGUACUCACUGAAAAUGGGCAGUGCUCAUUUUGCGCUCAAACAGAACCGAUUAUACAGCAAACAGCCGCUGGAUCAUGAUGAACUGAAUGGCCUCCAGACACGAGCUGGUCAACUGCAGGCUGGCAUCAGUUGCACCGUCAAACUGUCGGCGAGGGAAUCGCGCCAAUUCUGGCGAAGCUAUAAUGUCACACUGCUGGAUCGCAAUGACAAUGGACCCCGGUUGCAGGAGCGUCAGCCACACUUUAAUUUCCGGCUGGAGCAGCCGUACUUUAAGGCGGAGGAGCCGGUGGGCGAUAAAAUCAUCUACCUGGACAAGGACACGCUGGCAGCGAAUGCGCAUCUGAAGUAUGCCAUACUUAAUGAUAAACAGGGUUUCCUUCGGCCCGAUUGUCACGCCUACGAGGCGGAUCACACCGGCCGACCCCAUACCAUCAUCAGCUGUCAGCUACGCUUUGCCAAAAAUGGAAUAUUGCCUCAGACGCCCUAUUGCUUCGAAUUGCAGGCGAGAGAUUUGACCAUCCAGGUGCGGAAUGUGACAACAACGGCAACGGCACUCAUCUGUCUGCACGUGGACACCAGUCAGGAUCAGGAGCGACCGCAGGCGCUGCCGUUGCGGGUGAGGCAGCAGCGCAUCUUCGACAGCACCGGCGAGCUCACUGGGGAGGGUGGAGCAGGACGUCGCCGUAUGAGCAUUGACUAUGAGAAGGAUGUGUUUGUGCAUCGAGCGGCUGCCUCAUUUUAUCGUGUCGCCCAGCCGGAGAACUUUCUGGAGCUGCACUGGAUGAGGGGUUGGCGGUUCGCUUUGGCCGAGGAUCGCAGUGGCGCCUUUGGAUUAACGGAGACGGCGGGCAUUGUCUAUGUGCGCGAUGCCCUGGCCCUGGAGCAUGCGCCGGAGACGGUGUAUUUCUUGAAUGUGACUUGGCAGGAUGGGGAGAAGCAACCACAUGCCUUUGUCAUCAAUGUUCAUCUCGAAGAGGGUCGUCCGGCGAAUACCAGCUGUGAGCUGCGGCUUAAGUCGCGUUCGCAGACCUGCGCCCAGGUCAAAUAUCGGACGCAGUGCAUCAAGUUCUGUGGCCUGGCCACCGAUGGAGGGGCGUGCGUCUGGCGUGGCUCCAGUGCGUCAAUGUUCAGUCGGAACUAUGGCUCCUGUGUGCCAGAUGCCCGCUAUUGUCCGGAUCACGUGUGCGAUGCGUUGGAGGAACUGAAUACGCAUGCCUGUCCACAGGAUUGCACACCAGCUGCGAGAAUUGUGGGUCCACACACCAGCAACGACCAUGGACGGGGGAUUCUGAGUGGAUCGGGCACGUGCCUCUGCGAAGAUAACGGCAAAUGCAACUGUGCUCCUCUGCCGGACGAGGAGGAGACCAAGGCACGAAAACAGCGUAGACGGAAGAAUGAAUCGGAGCUGGAAGUGGUGAGCGUUAGGCCAGUGGAGGGGCAGGAUCAGGUAGAUCAAGAUCGGGAUGGUGCAUUGGCGCUGGGCGUACUGCAUCUGGCAGGCAUGGAGUGCAAUCGAUCCUGCAUCCUAGUCGUGAUCAGUUGUCCGCUGCUCUUCGUGCUGCUGUUGCUCUGUCUGCUGCUCUCGCAGAGAAAACUCUGGCAGCGACGCUUGGGCAAACAUUCAGUCACGCCAGGAACCAAGCAGAAUCUGUCCUGCAGCCUGGAACCGGGUGAUCUGCCCCUCAUGCCGCUGCAGAGUGGCUUCAAGUUCGAGAGCGCCGAUGCCAAGUGGGAGUUCCCGCGGGAACAACUCCAGCUGGACACCGUGCUGGGUGAGGGUGAGUUCGGGCAGGUGCUCAAGGGCUAUGCCACUGAGAUUGCUGCAUUGCCCGGUGUGACCACCGUUGCCGUAAAGAUGCUCAAAAAGGGCGCCAACUCCGUGGAGUAUAUGGCACUGCUCUCCGAAUUCCAACUGUUACAGGAAGUCUCGCAUCCCAAUGUGAUUAAGCUGCUCGGGGCCUGCACGCUCUCCUCGGAGGCGCCUCUGCUAAUCAUCGAGUAUGCCCGCUAUGGCUCGCUGCGCAGCUAUCUGCGUCUGAGCAGGAAGAUCGAGUGUGCCGGCGUCGAUUUCAGUGAUGGUGUCGAGCCCGUCAGUGCCAAAAUGAUGCUCACCUUUGCCUGGCAGAUAUGCAAGGGCAUGAACUAUCUAACGGAACUGAAGCUGGUGCAUCGCGAUUUGGCUGCUCGUAAUGUGCUCCUCGCCGAUGGCAAAAUCUGUAAAAUAUCAGAUUUUGGAUUGACCCGGGAUGUUUACGAGGAUGAUGCUUAUCUGAAGCGAUCCAGAGAUCGUGUGCCCGUCAAGUGGAUGGCGCCAGAAUCUCUGGCGGAUCAUGUGUACACCAGCAAAUCGGAUGUUUGGGCAUUUGGUGUACUCUGCUGGGAGCUGAUUACGUUGGGCGCCUCACCGUAUCCCGGUAUAGCGCCACAGAAUCUGUGGUCUCUACUCAAGACCGGCUAUCGCAUGGAACGACCCGAGAACUGUUCCGAGACAGUUUACUCAGUGGUGCGCACCUGUUGGGUGGAUGAGCCCAAUGCACGUCCAUCCUUUAAAUACCUCGCAGCGGAAUUUGAGAAGUUACUCGGCAAUAAUGCCAAGUACAUAGAGCUGGAGACGAAUGCGGUGUCCAAUCCGCUAUACUGCAGCGAUGAGGCGGCACUGAUGCCGAACAUUGAGGAACUGGGUGAACCGGAGUCACUGCAGCAUCUGUGGUCGCCACCAAAGAUCAAUAGCUAUGAAUUGCAGGAUUUGGCCAAUAGUCGCGAUGAGUCUGUCACCGAAUUUCAGGCAGCGGCAGCGGCAGCACCACCUGGCUAUGAUCUGCCCCGUCCAUUGAUCGAGGCCAGCACCACGGAGCAGGUGUUGCGCUAUGAGAACGAUCUUCGCUUUCCGCUCAACAUACGCAAAUCCAGCUGUGCGCCCAGCUACAGUAAUAUGACCAAAAAUGGUUGUCCAAUCUCUGCGGCAACAGCGCUGCCGGAUUACGCUGUGCCAGUGAAGCGUGGGCGCUCCUAUAUGGACAUGACCAACAAUACACUGAUACCCGAUAAUCUCGAUAAUCGCGACUUUGAGAAGCAUCUCUCCAAGACCAUCUCAUUUCGUUUCUCUAGUCUGCUUAAUCUCAAGGAUCCCGAGACGCCGCAACCACAUGCCGAGGAUGCCGUUUAAAGUCCGACACAAGUUUUUGAUCCUUAUGCAUUCCAAUUUCCCCAAUUCCAUUUUAACUGCGCCUGAUUUUCCGUUCAAAUUGUUUGUUAAUUAGUUUUAAUCUUGUGUAUACUUUAUGAUAGCUUUAUGAUGUUGCCAAAAUUAACUCGAAUACUCGGUUUGCAUUUACAGUGUGUAGCUUUCUAGUGGGAUGGAUUAUACUUCCGAAGAUCAUCAUCCUAGAUAACUGAUUUUAUUUUAUAGAAGCCCAAAGAUCUCUUAUAUUAGUUGUUUCUUCUUUCUGCAGUGACCAAAUUUUGGUAAUAUUUUGUUAUAAGAUUUACAGGAUUGUGUUUCGAAGAUGAGCCAACUCCCACUCUACAGCUUUAUUACUAUCCACUAAUUUUCUUCCAUGAAAUAUACCAAGUACCUUAAUAAAAACAGCUGAUAACAUUCCAGACGUUUAAUAGAAGCUGUCCUAAAGAAACAUGCUUCCAUAUUGAGAAACUUACCAAAUGAAAGUUAUUCCUGAAAGUUUACUAUUAUCUAAAUAAUUCUUGGUAUUGAUCAGCUAUAUUUAUUUUAUGGGUAUUCAUUUAUCGUCAACUCUUACAUGAUUUAUUCUUUUUUAAUUAUCUUCUUGUUAUACGAUUAAGUCAAUCCUUAAGUCUACAUCAUUUUCAAACAUAUAAUCAAAAAUUGCAUAUUUUUUCCAUACGCCAAUUUCCAAUCGAAAUAUUUAUGAACUUUAUAAACUCUCUUAAGCUUAUGCCAUACUUUUAAGAAAUCUCCUUGUAUAAUAUUUUACAAUUAGUUCAAAUCGCCUAUAAAAGAGAAAAUACGCUUCUUGUCACGAAUGCUAUGAAAAAAGUUCAUGAAUUAGCUUAAAGCAAAUGAAAUGAUAACUUUUGCGUUGUGCAAUUUGAAAAAUGCCUUUGUAUCAUUUUAAAAGUCAAGUAUUUAGAGCAUACCAAAUAACUAUAUUU